AUGGUUUUUCCGACUCCCGAUCCCGGUUCCGGUCCGAGUCGAAGCUCAUGGAGGUCUGGCUUCCCCACCGCAAAUGAGCUACAGCUUCCAGACACAAAUGAGCAACACCAGUUGCUAACCAGACCACCAAACCCGCUUUCUCCUACUCCAGAGGCCACCCCCGGGAAGAGGAACAGGGGAAAGAAGCAUCACCAGAAGCGUAAUAACACAUCUCAAAACCAGCCAUCAGAAGACAUGGCGCCCGCUCCGCGUCGGGACAUCCUCGCCAAGGAACAUUUUGCACAUGCCUUUGGCAGCGCCAAGACGCAGACAUACCUAGAUCCCGCUGCGAAGGGACCAGGAUCUCAUACUAUCCGAACUCUGGCAUGGAACCCGGCUGGUUCGCUCAUUGCGACAGGCUCCGCCGAUAAGACUCUGCGAAUUUGGAACCCUGAGCGCGCGCAUGUCCGAUACUCUACUGAGCUGCGUGGUCACUCCGCCGCUGUUGAGAAUGUUCUCUUCAAUCCUAUUCGCGACGCCGAGCUGGCCAGUUGCUCUGCUGAUGGUACCGUACGCAUCUGGGAUGUGCGAUCGAAGACAUGCGUGAGUCGUCUUGAUGUUGGUGGCGAGGCAUUUACGCUCUCCUGGUCUGCUGAUGGAGAUACUAUGCUGGUUGGAAGAAAGGACGAUACCUUGAUCCCUAUUUCCGUUCAAUCACCUUCAACCCCAACUAUACUGUCGAAUGAAACUGGUACAUCGAGUGUACCAGACGCAUCAAUCUACUCUGCGCUCCCCGCAAGACCUCAAGACGUUCAAACGAAUGCCACGGCUUUCUCAUGGAAAAUCCCUAACCCCGAGUCACCAAAUCUCCGUUGCUUCCUUACUACCGGUGAAGGGCGCGUCAAGAUCGUUGACUAUCCUUCCUUCGAAACGCUCCAUACCCUGAACGCGCACACCGCAGCCUGCAUUUCCCUCGCUCUGGCUCCGCACGGUCGCUACCUGGCCGUUGGUGGUGGCGACGCCCUGAUUUCGCUUUGGGAUACUACAGAAUGGAUGUGUCUGCGCACUUGCUCGAGUGAGAAUGGUGGUGCUAUCCGUGGUGUGAGCUGGAGUUUCGACGGAAGGUACAUUUGUGGUGCUUCGGAUGAACCUGAUUGCCCGUCGAAUGGCUUGGAGAUCUUCCAUGCGGAGACGGGUGAUAGUGUUUACACUGUUCCCACUGGUCCUCGUGCUACCAUUCCGGCCGUUGCGUGGCACCCAUCGCGCUACUGGCUGGCGUACUCGACUACCAAUGAUGGCCAUGGCAGCAGUGGCUCGGGGUUGAAGAUUGUUGGUCCAGGCAGUGGUAACCUGUGA